CUAUGGGUAGUCUAGCCUACGUUACACACGAUAACAGUGGUCGAUUUCUUAAGUUAAUUUACUCGAACAUUGGAAAGUGAUUGGUGUAAAUUAGCCAUGUGACAAUUAUUGAAGUAACAGACAAUGCUGUUUUAGACUAUAUUAUUUAAAACGAGAAAAGCCACCUGUGGUUUCUGUAUCGUUCUGGCUGUGGAAAACUUUGGAUGGGAUCAUUUUUGGUCGGCUGGGAACAUGGAUCUCGGACAUCCGUUCAGUUCUGACUGUAACGUCACUGAGAUGCAGCAGAUUGAUCUACUGGACGUGAUCGUGAAAGAAGAAGAUGUAAAAGAGGAGGAAUAUGGCCGUAUGAUUGCAUGUAAAGAAGAAGAUGAAAAGCCCUUUGCAGAACUUUACUGUAAAACUGAAACAGACGUCACAGAGUCAAACGUUAGUUACAAUGAAACACUACAGACGACAGCGGUGAUCGAAGUGAAGAUUGAAGAAGAUGAUGCACAACAACACGAUUAUCUGCAGCAAAGUGCAUCAGAACACCCACAACAGAAGAUCUAUGGACAGAAUGAUGAACUGCAACUCAAAGAAAGGCUGUACCACUGCGUAGUCUGCAGGAAGAGUUUCACAGCCCUGAAUGAUUUCAAGAAACACCAGGAAAUGCACUCUCUUGGUUAUAAUCAAAAGCAGAGGAAUGGCAAUACCAAACAUGCAUGUGUUGAUUGUGGAAAGGUUUUUUCACAAGUUACACAUCUUAGAACCCAUAUGCUAAUACACACUGGAGAGAGGCCUCAUAAAUGUGUACAGUGCGGAAACACAUUCUCACAACUUCCACAUCUUAAAUCCCACAUGCUUAUACACACAGGAGAGAAGCCUCAUAAAUGUGUUCACUGCGGAAAAGCUUUUGCACACGUUUUAACUCUGAAAAACCACAUCUCUACUCACACGGGGGAGAGACCUCAUAAAUGUGCCCAGUGCGGGAAAGGAUUUUACAUGACUUCACAUCUCAAAACCCACAUGUUGAUCCACACUGGCGAGAAGCCUCAUAAAUGUACCCAGUGUGGAAAAGCUUUUUUACAAAUUCAACAUCUCAAAAACCAUAUGCUAACACACACCAGAGAAAAGCCUCAUACCUGUCUUCAGUGUGGAAAAGCGUUUGCGCAAACUUCAUCUCUUCACACCCACAUGCUUACUCACACGGGAGAGAAGCCCCACGAAUGUCCAGAGUGCGGACGAGCUUUUUCACGAGCUCAGAAUCUCAAGACCCACAUGCGAACACACGCCGGAGCGAAGCCUCAUGAAUGCACCCGGUGUGGAAAAGGUUUCCCCGACGUCACGGCUCUUCACGUCCACGCCCUGUCUCACGCCGGAGCGAGGCCGCCGCACGUGUGUUUCCGGUGCGGAAAAGCUUUCUCACGAGUUCAGGCUCUUAAAAUCCAUUUGCAGAGUCACGCCGGAGGAGAGAAGCUUCACGAAUGUCUCCAGUGCGGGAAAAGGUUCUCGCGAGCGUCGGGUCUUAAACGUCACAUUCACAUACACACGGGAGACAAGCCUCACGAGUGUAAACAGUGUGGGAAAGCGUUCACAAAAAAGUCGUAUCUCAAGUCCCACAUGAUGGAACACAGCGGCGAGAAGCCGCACACGUGCGUCCGGUGUGGAAAAGCGUUUUUGCAAAUCGGAAAUCUCAAGACCCACAUGAUGCUCCUGCACACCGGGGAGAAGCCUCGCUCCUGCGGCCAGUGUGGAAAAGCUUUCGCGACAACUUCGCAACUCAAAAGACACGUUUCAAUUCACACCGGAGAGAAGCCUCAGAAAUGACAUUUUAAUUCACAGCGGGGAGAAGCCGCACUCGUGUGUCCGGUGUGGGAAAGCGUUUUUGCAAAUCGGAAAUCUCAAGACCCACAUGAUGCUGCUGCACACCGGCAGGCCCGUUUCAAGGAAUUUGGGGGCCCUAGGCAAAAUGGACUUAGAGGCCCCCC